AGCGUCUUUGGCUCGAGGCCCGGCUGGGAGGGCUCGGGCUCCCGGGCAGCGGGCGCCACCGCAGCGGCGGGGGCGCCGCUGGAAGCAGGCGCUUGAGGGUGGUGUCGGGAUGGCGGAGAUCCAGCGGGGCAUCGAGCUCUUGGCGAAGGCCAAGCGCUGGCGCGAGGCGCAGAGAAUAGAACAUCCGAGCGUGCAGAAUGUUGCGGAGCUGAUGGAAAAGGUUUCGAAGUUUCUGCAGGAGCACGAGACGCCGAGCGCUGCCGAUUGCACCCACACCGUCUUCGAUAGCUACAUCGACUGGUGGAUGAACUCGAAGCCGUCGUUUAAGCUGGCCAUCGCGGAGGACAACACGCUGGAGACGUUGUACAAGUACAUCACGAACAUGUACGAGCUGGGCAUACCCCUGACGCUCGCGGAGAAGCGCUCUCCCGAGAUCCGCUUUGUGCAGGACAUCGAGAUAUGGGGCAAUAAGGACCACGGAGACCAUCCAAGCAGAGGAGCUCCUGCACCCGCAGAAGAAGUUCACCCGCCUGCUGGGACAGGAUCCAUGGGGGAGAUCUACAACACCAGCGAAUUCCUCGACAUGGUGGCGUUCGACUCCACAGGCACGUCGAAGACGAAGGGGGUGAUGAAGACAUCCAUCAGGCUCGUAUGGUCCGCCAUCAUCGUGGAUAAGGACCGGAUCGCGCAGCGCGCAUUCGCGACUACUUCGUCCACAAGUUCAAGGAGUCGAAGGACGAGGAGGUCCGCGCGGUCGGUGACAAACUCGCGGAGUACAACAAGGAUGGACAACCAGUGGACCACCGUCUUCAACGACGCGAUAUACUUUGGGCGCUUCGGCAUCCGCAUGCCGUUCUGCGACCGCGUGUCGCCGGCGCCCCUGAAGAAGCCGGAGCAGAGGCCCCUCAAGCCGGUGGGCGUCUUCCGCUUCAACUACAAGGAGGGCGAGGUGGAGAGCGUCGAGUCCAUCUGCGAGCCGGAGCUGGGGUCGGACAACGGUCUGCAGGGCGUGGACUGGCUGAAGAUAGGGUGCAUCCGGUGCGACGCGGGCACGCCCGUGACGGAGUGGAAGGGCAUACAGUGGAAGGGCGAGAGGCAACCGCGGAGCUGCAUGUCCUUCACGUCGCUGCAGAACCGCAACCCGAACGGGGCGGUGAAGGUGCGCACGAAGAGCGGCAGCGACAACGGCGACGGCGAGCGACGGGCGCGGCCCCGCGACCCGCAGAAGCCCCAGGAGAGGGAGCGCCUGAUGACGGUGGAGCGGGCAUUCGACGGCACCGCCGAGGACUGUUCAAGGCUAAGCUCCAGGUGCAGCUCGGGCUCGUCGUGGGCGACAACAUCGUGCUCAGCGAGGACGGCGUCGAGUGGAAGCAGGGCGACAACGACAGCGGCCGGAUCCACUUCAAGGCCGCGAACAAGAGGGUGCACAUCAUCGGGAAGCCCCACCAGGUCAGGUCCCUGCUCAACGCCAUCGCGGGCUUCGCCAGGGAGGCCAACGAUGGCGCCCGCUCGACGACCAGCCACGGCCGCUCCGCAGGCAGGCCCGGGUCCGAGCCCGGCGGCGCGCGCAGCAACAGCGCCUACGCGCCCAGCGCCGCCUACGCGCCCAGCGCCGUGUAUGCCCCGAGCACGGCCUACGCCAACAGCGCGGCCUCGAGCCGGGUCACGGCUGGGAGGAGCACGGCGGCGGAGCCCUCGAGGCGCGUGGUGGUGCGGCUCUUCGAGCCGGAUACGAGCGCCGAGCUGAAGCUGUCGGUGAACGACGAGGUCACCAUCGCGCACGACCCCGACGAGGAGCGUUGCACAACGUCCACCGCUGGGUCUACGGCACGAACGAGGCGACACAGGAGCCGCGGCUGGUUCCCGAUGUCGCACACGGCGCCGCUGCAGGCGCCGCCAGCGCCGCCGGCCGACCAGGAGGAGGCCUGACGUGCGCGCGCGCCGGGCCUCCGCCCGGCCGAGGGCGCGGCCGAGGGCGCCGCGCGCGCCUGCCGUGCUCCGGCGCCGUGCCUCCCCCUCCCGUUUUCCCUCCCUCGCCCUCACGCGGGAGCGCGACCUCCCGCUGUUUGUCCGCCGGCCGCGCCCCGCCCCACUCGCCCGGCAGCCCGCCCGCGCCCUCGGCUGCCGAGGCAGAGGUCGGCUCCCAGCAGUAUUUCUUUAGGAGGGUAGGAAUCGGCGAGGGCGUCACAAGCUAGGCUUGUCCCGACCGUCGGCCGGGCGCGGGGGCACGCCUGCCAGGAAAA